UUGUCCCUUUAGAUGUUUGACCAGUGACAUCACAGUGAUUGCCACCUCCCUCAGACUACUUUAGGCCCUGCCCAGAGUCCAGGAGCUCAGACGGGAGACAGCUGGAGCUGGAGAGAGUGAGGAGAAGAAGUCUACAGCAGCUUGGGUGUGUCCUUGUCCCUCUUCAGGAAGCAAGGACAAGCCGGAGGUCCUUAGUGUGCUCUCAGAAGUCUGUCAGGAGUCCUCACCCAGCAACUCAGAAGAUGGAGCGGUCUACCCAGGAGCUGUUUCUCAACUUCACGGUUGUCCUGAUCACCGUUCUCCUUAUGUGGCUUCUCGUGAGGUCCUACCAAUACUGAGGGGCCAUGCCGCCCUCCUGGGAGUGACUGCUGUGUGCCCUGAGCUUCCGCUGCUCUUAUUAUUAUGGGAUGCCAUUCUUGGCACCUCUAGCAUCUCUGACCCACACUCACAAUGCCUGACACACAGCAGCACUAGGUCCAACGUGUGUUUUCCAAAGAUGCCGUUCUUGUGGGCUGCCAAAAGCUUGUCAGCCAGUGAGCCUUAGGCUUGUUCCCUAGCAAAUGCACUAUCCAGGCCACCAGGUUAAAAUUAAACUGGAUUCCUGAUGAUGCGGAAUAACAACAAGCUACUGGUCUGUGUCAACACACAUCCCCCCCACCCACGCUGUGUGCCACCAAACUAACUCAGCCCUUCAGAAGAAAUGUACGAGGAAGUCUCUGCCAGUCCCUUGAGUUCCCAUGUGAAUAAAGUUAAGCUACUCA